AGCACCCGUAGCAUGGAUUUGUUACCAAGGCAGCCAGGAAGAAGCUGUGCAGCGGGCAGGCGCACUGGUAUCUAUGGGUAUCUGAGUAAACCAAAACCUUUUUGGACUGAUGCUGCUGGAACCAUUAUGGGCACUGCAUCCUCUAUGGUGAGCCCAGGAGAGGUGAUUGAGGAUGGAUAUGGCGGUGAAGGUGGGGAGGCCUGUGAGAUCCCAGUGGAAGUAAAGCCCAAAGCUCGACUCCUGCGCAGUUCAUUUCGUAGAGGGCCUCGUGUGAUCGGGGCCAGUUUCAAAUCCACUGGUUCUGUGGAUCUAGAAUAUGCUGCAGAGUAUGAAAGGCUCCGUAAAGAGUAUGAAAUCUUCCGUGUGAGCAAGAAUAAUGAAAUCUCAUCAAUGCAGAAGAAGGAGGCCAAGUUGGAUGAGGAGAACAAGAGGCUGAGAGCUGAGUUACAGGCUCUGCAGAAAACCUACCAGAAAAUACUUAGAGAGAAAGAGAGUGCUCUUGAGGCAAAGUACCAAGCUAUGGAGAGGGCAUCCACCUUUGAACAUGACAGGGACAAAGUUAAACGACAGUUUAAGAUUUUCCGGGAGACAAAGGAAAAAGAGAUUCAGGAUCUCCUGCGGGCCAAGAGAGAGCUUGAAGCCAAGUUGCAGCAGUUGCAGGCCCAGGGCAUCCAGGUCUGUGACCCAGAUGACUCUGACUCAGAUGACAACCAAACUACUGUCACUGCUACAGGGACACAUUGCGAGUACUGGGGUGGUGGUGUUUUGGGAAGUGAGCCCUCGAUGGGGAGCAUGAUGCAGUUGCAACAAACCUUCCGGGGACCAGAAUUUGCUCAUAGUUUGAUUGAUGUGGAGGGGCCUUUUGCAAAUGUGAGCAGAGAUGACUGGGAUGCUGCAGUGGCCAGUCUACUCCAAGUGUCCCCUCAUGUGCCCCAGGCCUUAUGGAGUAACACAGUACGCUGCUACCUCAUCUUUACCCAGGAGACCAAGGCAGAACUGGAUAUCUUCAUUAAGAAACACUCUCCUGUUCUGAGGAAGAUGUGUGAGGGUCUUGGCCAUUUCUACUUGAAUGUGAGCUUCCCAGAGGAGAAUGCUGCCUGUUACGCUGUGGAACGCAAGCAGGAAAUUGAAAGGAGUGCUGUGUGCGUACUCCUCCUCAAAUCCACAGUCUCCAGCUCUGUGGUGGAAGACUGUGAGGAAGCUUUUGUAAGGAAUCCAGACUGUCAUCCACUAGUGCUCUAUGUCAGAACUGCAGAAGAUCACAGUUUUACUGGAGCCACAAAGCAAAUCCUGGAGAGAGUUACCACUGCAGACAAGGCUGCAAAAGUCAAGGUGGUGGAUCAUAGUGGCUCUCCAGAGGAUGGGGCAAACAGGAUUUAUGUUCAGCUACAGAAGGUCAUUAGACAGGAGUUGCUGGGACUGGAUGGAGCAGAUGUUGACUCAAAGGAUUCUGGACUAGAGGAAGGACGUGAAGAAGACUCAGGAGAUAUGCUGUGGGACCUGCACGAUGAGCAGGAACAGAUUGAGUCCUACCAGCAGUCCUGUAAUACCACCUCACACUUUGGUUUCCAGAAGUAUAUAGAUCGUCUGAAUGAUAUGAUAACAGCUCCUCCUCCGACACCGCCUCUGUUGGUGUCUGGUGGUCCAGGCUCGGGAAAGUCACUCCUGAUCUCUAAAUGGAUUGACUUGCAUCAGAAGCACUCCCCAAACACUUUGUUCCUUUAUCAUUUUGUUGGUCGUCCUCUAUCCACCAGCUCGGAACCUGUUCUAAUUAUCAAGCGCCUAACAGUCAAACUGCUGCAGCACUUUUGGUCCAUUUCUGGCUUUUCCAUGGAACCCAGUAAGAUCCUGGAAGAGUUCCCCCGCUGGCUUGAAAGGCUAUCAGCACGCCAUCAAGGAAACAUUAUCAUCAUCAUUGACUCCAUUGACCAAAUACAGCAAGCUGAAAGGCAUAUGAAGUGGUUGAUUGACCCGCUCCCUGUUAAUGUCAGGGUUGUGGUGUCUGUGAACGUGGAAACAUGUCCUCAGGCAUGGAGGUUAUGGCCCACACUCCACUUAGAUCCACUAAGUCCCAGAGAGGUGAAGAGUGUUAUUAAUGCAGAGUGUCAGAGCAUUGACCUCAGGCUGACCAAGGACCAGGAGAAGAAACUGGAAAGACACUGUCGCUCUGCAUCAACCUGCAACGCUUUGUACGUCACACUGUUGGCGAGGAUGAUAACAAGCAGCAAAUCUUGUUGGUCACUGGAGAAGAUCCUGGAUCAGUGUCUACAGUGUCAGGACACCAUGUCAUUAUACCGCCUCGCACUCAAGAUGGUGUUAAAUUCCCGCAGCACAGACAGAGAGCAGCACAUUAUGAGAGAGAUACUCUGCCUCGUCUGUGCCAGCCACAAUGGAGUGAGCGAGUCUGAGGCCCUGGACCUUUUCGUAGACCUUGAGUUCCCAGUUCUGUCCUCAAUGCUCUUUCAUCUGAACAGACUCUGCAUCGUAACGCUUCGUUGUGGCCUCAUACAAUUCCAACACUUGCAGGCAUGGGAAGCUGUAAGGUUAGAGUGGCUGAGUGGAGGAAGUAGCACUGCUACCUACAGAGAAAAACUGAUCCAUUACUUCAGUCAACAACUCAGCCAGAACAGUGUGACUUGGCGUGUCGCAGAUGAACUUCCCCGGCUGCUCCAACAGCAGCAAGACAAGACCAAACUGCAGCUCAGCCUCCUGAACUUAUUUGUCUCUCAGAAUCUCUACAAGAGAGGUCAUUUCUCUGAGCUGCUAGCCUAUUGGCAGUUUGUGGGAAAAGAUAAAAGCUCCAUGGCCACUGAGUACUUUGACUCCCUGAAACAAUAUGAGAAGAGCUGUGAGAGCGAAGACAGUAUGACCAAACUGGCUAACCUGUACGAAACCUUAGGACGUUUCCUCAAAGAUCUGGGUCUGCCGAGUCAGGCCGUGGCCCCUUUGCAAAGGUCUCUUGAGAUCAGGGAGACUGCUUUGGACCCAGACCAUCCCAGUGUAGCUCACUCCUUGCACCAGCUGGCUGGGGUUUAUGUUCAGUGGAAGAAGUAUGGUAACGCUGAGCAGCUGUAUAAGCAGGCCCUGGAGAUAAGCGAGAAUGCCUAUGGUGCUGAGCACGCUAGCGUGGCACGGGAGUUAGAAUCACUUGCCAUGCUCUACCAGAAACAAAAUAAGUACGAACAAGCAGAGAAACUCAGGAAGCAAUCAAUGAAGAUACGUCAGAAGACCGCUCGCCAGAAAGGUCAUAUGUAUGGCUUCAGUUUGUUGCGGCGUCGAGCCUUGCAGCUGGAGGAGCUGACUCUGGGAAAAGACUCAGCUGACUGUGCCAAAACCCUUAAUGAACUGGGUGUCUUGUACUACCUCCAGAACAACUUAGAUGCUGCUAAGGUGUUCUUGACCCGGUCCCUAGAAAUGCGCCAGCGUGUCUUGGGUUCAGAUCACCCAGACUGUGCUCAGUCCCUCAACAACCUGGCUGCACUGCACACAGAGAGGAGGGAGUAUGAGACAGCUGAGGACAUGUAUGAGAGGGCGCUGGACAUCCGCAAGAAGGCUUUGUCCCCAGAUCACCCGUCACUGGCAUACACACUCAAACACUUGGCCAUGCUCUAUAAACGCAGAGGGAAGUUGGAAAAGGCUGUGCCACUCUAUGAGCUGUCAUUGGAAAUUAGGGAAAAAAGUUUUGGGCCCAAACACCCCAGUGUGGCGACAGCGCUGGUCAACCUGGCAGUAAUCUACUGCCAGCUGAAGAAGCACAGCGACGCCUUACCUCUUUAUGAACGAGCACUGAAAGUGUAUGAGGACAGUUUGGGUCGCUCACACCCACGAGUUGGAGAGACCCUGAAAAACCUGGCUGUGCUUAGCUAUGAAGAGGGUGACUUUGAGAAAGCAGCAGAGCUUUAUAAGCGUGCAAUGGAGAUCAAGGAGGCGGAGCCGUCGCUUGUAUGUGGGAACACUCCUUCCCACCAUUCCUCCACUGGUGACACCUUCAGUCUAAAAGGACCUGCUCCUCUUCCACCAAACCAGAGGUGGGCAGGGAGUUUCAGGUGCAGAAGUCUCUGUUUGCUGCUGGUUUUCCGGUACCUCAGCCCCUGUUACACUGCACCGAUUCCAGCGUCAUUGGAACAGAGUUCUAUGUGAUGGAACAUGUAAAGGGCCGGAUAUUCAGGGAUCUUCAGCUCCCUGGAGUAAGCGCAGCAGAAAGGACAGCUUUAUAUGUGGCUGCUGUGGAAUUGUUGGCAAAGCUACACUCACUGAACGUUGCCUCCCUGAAACUUGAAGGGUAUGGGAGAGGACCCGGUUACUGCAAAA